AUGCUCUCGGAAGUCGAAGAAAGGGAAAUAUUCAAGAUUUGUUUAGAAUACUGGAAUAUUUUAGUUUCUGAUUUAUAUCGAGAAAGUCUUACAACUACGGUAGUUGGAACAUUGGCUGAAUCCACCACUGGUGAAGGUCGAAGUAAACAAUAUGCACCAAUUUUGUCUAAGCUUCGAAGAAUCAUGAUCUCACGCAUGGCUCGUCCUGAAGAAGUACUUGUAGUUGAAAAUGAACAUGGUGAGGUUGUCAGAGAGUUUAUGAAGGAUACAGACAGUCUUAAUUUGUACAAGAGCAUGCGCGAAACAUUGGUAUACCUAACUCAUUUAGAUUAUUCUGAUACAAAGAAGAUUAUGAUCGAGAAGUUGCAACAUCAAGUAGAUGGACGAGAGUGGUCAUGGCACAACCUUAACACACUUUGUUGGGCGAUCGGUAGCAUCUCUGGUGCUAUGCAGGAAGACGACGAAAGAAGUUUUUUAGUUAUUGUAAUUCGAGACCUUCUUGGACUGUGUGAACAAAAACGGGGCAAAGAUAAUAAAGCUAUUGUUGCGAGCAAUAUCAUGUACGUUGUUGGUCAAUACCCUCGAUUUCUGCGCGCACACUGGCGAUUCUUAAAAACUGUAAUUACAAAGCUUUUUGAAUUCAUGCACGAAACACAUGAAGGUGUGCAAGAUAUGGCUUGUGAUACUUUCAUAAAAAUUGCUCAGAAAUGUCGGCGACAAUUAGUAACUGUACAGUACGGAGAAGCAGUUGAAUUUAUUGAAGAGAUUUUAAAGGAAAUUGAUAUCAUAAUCAAUGAUUUACAACCUCAACAGGUUCACACAUUUUAUGAAGCCGUAGGAGUGAUUAUCAGUGCCCAACUUGACUCAGCUGUUGAAGCUAGACAGAUAGAACGACUUUUUCGAUUACCCAAUCAAAUUUGGGAUGGGAUUCUCGUUCAAGCUGCAUGCAAUAUUGACCUGUUAAGAGACUUUGAAGUUGUACAACAGCUUUGUAAUUUACUGAAAACAAAUCACAGUGCUUGCAAAUCCCUCGGACAUUCUUAUCUUGUUCAGCUUGGUCGCAUUUACCUGGACAUGUUGAAUGUUUAUAAGAUAAUGUCCCAAAAUAUUGGCCAGGCUGUGGCUACCAAUGGAGAGCAAGUGACAAAACAACCACUUAUUCGCAGUAUGCGAUCAGUCAAGAAAGCGAUAUUGAAUCUUUUAUCUUGUUGGAUAAAAAGGACUACUGACCCUGUUUUUGUGGCAGAGAACAUUUUACCUCCGCUAUUAGAUGCCGUAGCUGACGACUACCAAAAAAAUCUUCCUGCUGCUCGAGAGGCCGAAGUUUUAAGCUUAAUGGCUACCCUUGUUAAUCGUCUUGAAGACCAUAUUCUCCCAGCUCUGCCUCGUGUUUUAGAUGCGGUCUUUCAGUCUACUCUAGAGAUGAUCGAUAAAGACUUGGAAGAAUUUCCUGAACAUCGAACUAAUUUUUUCACUCUUCUACAGGCUGUAAAUGCGCAUUGUUUCUCUGCUUUGUUAAGUUUAACAUCUGAUAAGUUCAAACUGAUUUUAGAUAGCGUUAUUUGGGCAAUCAAACAUACUAUGCGACAAGUCUCAGAAACGGGACUCAAUAUCCUGCAUACAAUGCUUGUAAAUAUGUCUAGCGCGAACUCCGAAAAACGCCAGGUAUUCUUUAAAACAUUCUUUAUGGAUAUUCUUCAACAUAUGUUUGCUGUCAUUACUGACCGCUCCCAAACAGGAAAUUUAACUCUUCAGUCAUCGCUGUUGGCUUAUAUGUUUAAAAUAGUGGAGAACGACAUAAUCACAGUCCCUCUUAGUGAUGCUCCUGAGUCAACGACCGUACAAGGUUCAAAAGUAAAUGUACAAUAUGUACAUCAAAGCUUGAGUCAGUUACUCAAGCAAGUAUUCCCUCACCUUCAAGAAACACAAAUUCGCGUUUUCAUUGAUGGACUAUUUUCAUUUGAUCAAGAUGUAGCAGCAUUUCGUGAACACGUACGCGACUUCCUUGUUCAGAUACGCGAGGUCGCUGGAGAAGAUUUAUCUGAUUUAUAUUUGGAAGAAAGAGAAGCUGAGAUUGCUCAGGCACAAGCAGCAAAACUAAGACGUCAAGCUUGUAUUCCUGGAAUUUUAGGUCCCCAUGAAGUUGAUAUGUGUGACUAG